AGGGGGUUUUAAAUUGGGCUUGAGAUAAAUGGGAGGAAAAGUCCAAAGCAAACAGUGCUGCCAGAAGAGCCAGAGAGGCCAAAGUUGUUGAUAUGUUGCUUGGAUUUCUGCAAUGGGUUGAGGGUGGGCAAGGAAAGGCAGGGAUGUGAUGAAAACAGGUCCAAUAUUUGAAGGAAAUCAUAAUAUUUCCCCCUCCCCGCAAGCUGCCUGAAGACUGAAACAAACCAGGUGGGAGGGGGUGAAGCAAAGUAAGAGCUAAAGCACAUGGGCAAAAGGUUUGGCUGGGGCCGAAGUUGCUCAUUUUGCCCCAAGAAGGUUUCAGAAGACAAAAUCCCUCCCAGCUUCGAGAGCUCAGCCCAGCAGAUGGCAGCACUCAACCAGUUUUGCACUGGGAUGGGUUUGCUUCCAGGACUGGGCUGUUUGCCGUCCUGCCCCCUGCCCCAAUGCAGCAAAGGGUCUGCAUGGGGUCUGCUGCUGCACCCUGGUGCUAUUCCCUCCAGUGACCUCCCCCCAGGCCUGCUCCCAUCCAUGAUAGAGCAAAGGGCCCAGGCAGCUCUGGGAACAGGCAUCACAGCUUGCCCUGCUCAUGGGGUGACCCCAAGAGGAGUCGUAACUCCUGCCCCUUUGCUCCUUUUCCUAGAGACACUUACCCCAGACAGGUGCCCUUUGCACCCGUGCAGACACUCAGUGGACGUAUGACAUGUGCCCUCACCCUGGGGCAACCAGGGUUACCCCCGAAAGAAUCAGGGUGAAAACAACCCUGGUGAGAGCUACCCCAGGAGUCUGGCCUUGCUCUACCCCCUAAUCCACAUUGCUGCAAGCAAGCCCGGUCCAUUAGACACACCUGGCACUCUCCUACGUGCUGCCAACCAAGCAAUGCCCCCAAAACCAGCCCCCAUUGCCACCUCCGGCAGGCGCAGCCCUCCCUCCACUGCCACCAGCCCCGAGCAUAUUUCCUCUCUGCUCCUUGCUGAAAGAUAUUGAUUCUCGGUGGAAAAAGAGGAACAGAGACCAGCAUCAUGCCGGCAGCAUCCAGCCAACCGCAGCUUCCCCUGCACUUCCCGCGCCUGUUAGGCAGCUGCUUGGUCCCCCACUCAGAGCCAGGGCUGGCUCCCCACAGCACAGACGUGCCCAGCCAGGGGAAGCUGGAGGGAUGUGGCUGUGUCUGCUGCUCCUGGCUAUGGGGGCUCUGCAGAUUGCCUGCAGCCAGACACGGCUGGAGGGCUUCAUGGGGGAGUCCUUGUCCUUCCCUGCCCUGCACCCCGUGGCCCCAGACAUUGCACGGAUCAUCUGGUUCUCGGCCAGCCGUGGCACACACAUAGCUGAGGCCAAGCCGCUGAGCAGGGAGUUUCGCACCGACUACGAUCCCAUGCUCCGGCCCCGCCUGGCCCUCCACCGUGGCAACUUGUCCCUGGAGAUCACGGCACUGCAGCUGUCAGACAGUGGGGUCUACCGAGCCACUGUGGACAUCCAGUCCAACCCCACCCAGCCACAGAUGUUCGACUAUGAGCUGAUCAUCCGAGUGCGUCAGCUGAACCCACCUGGCAGCACAUGGCCACCUCCGCAAGAACCGACAACACCCAUGGGCAGCAGAGCCAGGACUUCCACUGGGGACCCCGGGGGGACACCCAGGCCCGGAGAGGAUCCAGGGCAUGACAAGAGCAGAUGUGGAGCAUGCUCCUGCGCCCUGAAGGGCUAUGUCAUUGCCGCUGUCUACGGGACCCUCCUGCUCACGGUGGCCAUUGUCCACAUCAAGAUCUGAAGCUGAGAUGCCCCCAGGCUCCCAAAGGGGCAAAGAAAUAGAGGGGGGCUAGCAGGGACAGGGCUUGGACAGCAGCAGAGGAACAGGAGGGUCUGUGCCUUUCAGCAGGGGUAGUUGGCCCUGUUGAGGGCAUCCAGCUGUGGGCCAUCUGAUACAGCUGUGGGGCAUCUGAUAACGGGUUUGAAAGCCCCAGGGAGGCAACUGAGAGAGGGCUUGCUUACAAAGAGGAAAACAAGCUGUGACUGCAGGCUCCUCUGGGAGCUGGGCUUUGUUUUGUGGGCUUAUUCUUUCAUGUCUUUGCUAUCGAAGGACUAUGUGGCUUACAAGAGCUGGCUCUUAAGAAAUCACAGCUGCCUGCUGAAGCCAAAACCUACAGGGCAAGAAAUCACAGCUCCCACCUGGCCCUGCUUGGGCACUACGUGGGCCUGGCACAGGGCCUGCCUGCACCCUGUCCAAGGGGAAAUGGCUGUGGGCUUUGAACGGGGCCCCAGGGACCAGCUGCCAAAGGCUGUUUGAUCACAGCUGGCGACCGGGUCCCCAGAGCUGCAGGCGGGCUCGGCACAGUAAAACACAACGCCACUCACAUGCAAACCCAACAGGGCCUCCUGCACCAAAGGGGCUUUUCAUUUCCCCCAAUGCACCCAUUUUGCUGCCCUGUUUCUCCCCAGAAAGGCCCUGAGGGGCUUUCUGCUUUUCCUGGUGUUUUUAGCAAAGUUGUGGGGAUAAUAAGGUCUGUUUUUAUUCACACACCCCCAGCCCCCUGCCCUGCCUCAGCAUUCCCAGAGCAGUGGAUGGCUCUGCAGGGACCCCAUCCUGGGUGGGGAAGGAAGCCCGGAGAGAUGCACAGGCUGCAUGGGAGGACAAUGUCCUGGCAGUGGCAUCGGGGAAGCUCACAGGCACAACUGCCCCUCCAGGGCUGGGGUCCCUGUGGGCAGUGCCCACCUGGGCACGCCCAGCUCAUUCGAAGCCCGGCACCUCCCUGCUCCAGGGUGUUGCAGCCUCACCUGUUUUGGGGGGAUGUACCACAAAUGACAUUUCCACCCCGUGUUUUUCUGGAGGAAACAGAAGAGGGGAAAGAAGCAACCCCUGGUGAUGGUGGUGCUGAAGGCGGCUGUUUUGUUCCACCCCAGGUGAGACAGAUGGAAGCCAGCGAGCUGGGAUGGGCUGGAGCGGGGAGGUUGUCUUUAAACUUCAUACUCUAGUUUUUGUUUUAACCCUUUCCCUCUGGCAUCAAACCUCAGAUGAGGCCCUCAGGAAGGGAAAAGCCAAACACUCUGGUGUUUUUUCUCCUUCACUUUCAUCCCAAUUUUCUUCCUCAGGUUCCUCCACCUGUUGGCAGAGGGUCUCAAGCAGCCCUGUUCAAGGAUGCUUUUCCUAGCAGCUGGGCCAGGGCUGUGUGACUGGCACCCAUGGGCUGAGGGGUUCAAUUGAGGGCCAAACACCACCACUGUUCACCCCCACAUGGGCCUGGGGAUAAGCCGGGAUCAGGGCUGGAUCCGCUGCCCCAGCCUGAGAUGAGAAUCCGACCCAAAAAGGUUUCAAGGCACACGCAGGCUCCGGCCCUUGGCAGAAUUGGGGCCGGGCCCCUGGAGAGCCAGGGCAGAGUCCUCUCUAUUAAGGACCUGUCGUGGGUUUGAUAUUUACAGCCCCGCAUCGGGCACGGGAUCGUAAUUCACUGCAUCAUAAAACAUCCCAUAGUUUGUAAUAAGUGAAUUAUUUACUGGUGACCCUGGCUAAACGCCGCGCGGCAUCAAUUAUUGAGCGCCAGAUCUGUCAGGAAGUGCUCAUAAAUAAGUGAUCGGGUGCCGUCUCAGUGUGCCCAGUAAAUUACUCAUUCAAUCUCCCGUCUAAAUGCCCUCCUGGGGAAAUUGCUCGCGCCUGCCGAUUCAGGAAUUAGGACUGGGCAAAAAGGCCCGAUGACACAUCCGAGCCUUUUUAGGACGUCCUGGGGCUCUGGGUUCGGUUGUGACGUCUGGCUCCAUGCAUGAGGAAACGGGGGUCUUGAGCCAGCGAGGCAAAGCGACAUCAAGCCCAGCCUGGCAUGGGUGGAGGGUGUAGCUGAGCUUGGUUUCUCAUGCCUAUGCAUGGUGACUCCUAUUGCAGGAAUGCCUGGAGGUGGUGGCAGGGACCAGGGAGGUGCCUGGGCAAGGCCCAAAUGCAGCAGUGGACAGUCCUGGCCUGCAAGAGGUCCAGGAGGGGAGGGGAAACAGAGGUACGGAGAAGGGAAGAGACUUGCCCACAUCACCCAGCACAGCGAAGUUCUUAGAAACCCUAGAGAAGUGGAGCUGGAAGGGAGGUCACAUCUAGUCCAACCCCUGCCAGAAGCAGCAUCAGUAUCCAAACCCUCCUAUAAACAUCCAUCAUCUCUGCUCUUAAUAAAACUAUCAUCUGCCCUGACA